UCUGAAAUUGAAAGUAAAAGUCGAUAAGAAAGAAACUUCUCCAUUUCUGCGCCGGUCGCGCCUUAAGGAUGAGCCGCGGCUCCAGCGCUGGCUUUGACCGUCACAUCACUAUCUUUUCCCCCGAGGGGAGACUCUACCAAGUCGAGUAUGCAUUCAAAGCAAUAAACCAGGGUGGCCUUACAACAGUGGCCGUGAGGGGGAAGGACUCAGUCGUUGCCGUGACCCAGAAGAAAGUGGCAGACAAGCUCAUUGAUGCCAGCACUGUCACAAACCUUUAUCAUUUGACUGACAAGAUUGGUUGUGUCAUGACUGGAAUGCUCGCGGAUUGUCGCUCCCAGGUUCAGAGAGCACGCUAUGAAGCUGGCAAGUGGAAAUACAAGUAUGGCUAUGACAUCCCUGUGGACAUGUUGUGCAAGCGAAUGGCUGACAUCUGUCAGGUUUACACUCAGAAUGCGGAGAUGAGACCUUUGGGAUGUUGUAUGAUUAUGUUUGCAAUUGACGAUGAGAGAGGACCCCAGCUUUACAAGUCCGAUCCUGCCGGUUACUACUGUGGCUACAAGGCUACCAGCGCAGGGGUCAAACAAAUAGAAGCCAACAGCCACUUGGAGAAGAAGAUUAAAAAGAAGCCAGACCUGACUUACAAGGCCACCGUCGAGCUGGCCAUUUCCUGUCUGUCCACCGUCUUGGCACUUGACUUUAAAGCCACGGAGAUCGAGGUCGGGGUGGUCACAGCCGACAAUCCCAAGUUCAGGAGCCUCCGUGUGACGGAGAUCGAAAAGCAUCUCGUGGACAUUGCCGAAAGAGAAUAGCUCCUUCAAGCGUUUGAGAGAACCGCAGUGAAGCAAAACUCUGCCAACUUGAGGAAGUUGGAAGACAAAUCCAGGGAGACUUGAAGCAAGAAAAUUGGGUCAGGAUGUUUAAAAAAAACCCUGCAUCCCUCAUUCUUUCAACCCACUUUGUACACACUAUACCCUAGAUAGAAAACUUCUAGCAAUUCAAAGAAAACUGCUGUAACUUUUGCAAAGAGUUCAUUGUCUAAUUAGUAUAAGACUCAGCAAAUUUCAUAAUAAAAGGGGAAUUUAACAUGCAAACAAA